GGUGGGGGUGGGGGUGAGACUCGGGCCCUCGUGCGGGCGGGGGCUCCCCGCGCACCCGGCCAGCGGCCCUCGGAGCGCCCCCUGGCGACCCCCGUCGGCCCGGACCCGGGAGCCGCGCGGGCCCCACCUUCUCCCCAGUCCCCACUGGGGAAGCGGGAGAACCAGCUGGGCGUUGCGCAAGGGCUGCUGUUUACCUCCCGCGGGAGCCUCCUCCCCCUAUAAAGCCUGCGUGGCGAGGAGCCUGCCCGGGAGUGACUGCGGGCGGGCGGGAGAGGAUCGCAGGCGGAGGAGCGCGGGGCGCGGAUGCGGGAGUCUGAGCGCCGGCCGCCGAGCCAGGCAGCAGCAGGGGCGCCGCGCGCUCGCAGGUGCAGGCGACAUGAGGAGGACAUGGAGACGGUUUGAUGUCCCCACGCCCAAGCCAUCUAACUCAGAGGAAGAUCUCCCUGAAGAUUACCCAGUGGUCAAAAACAUGCUUCAUAGACUGACAGCCGACCUGACGCUGGACCCGGGCACCGCGCACCGCCGCCUGCUCGUCUCCGCCGACCGCCGCGGCAUCCGCCUGGCCCCACCCGGGACGCCCCGGGCCCGCGCCGCGCCGCAUCCGCGUGGACCUGGACUGCGAGCGCGGCCGCGUGGCCUUCUACGACGGCCGCUCGCUGGACCUGCUCUUCGCCUUCCAGGCGCCCGGGCCCCUGGGGCAGCGCGUCUUCCCGCUGCUCUGCACCUGCGACCCCCGCACCCCGCUGCGCCUCGUGCCCGGCGAGGGCUGAAAGCCGCGACCCCCAGCCCCACUCCACUUGGGCGGCCACUAGGCCGCCGCCUCUCGGGUGCGGACCCCACCCGCACCCCGCUCACGAUGGGACUUCGCCGUGUGCCCGGGCGGGGCUGUUAAGCAUGCCCCUAACCCAUGCGCCGCGGUGCGACCUCAGCUGGCCUCUGGGUUCCCACCCCCUGGCCCAACGCCAUUCCCAAACUUCCCUCUGGGACCCUUUCCUCCCCACAGCUACCCCAACACGUGUGAAGAACUGGGUUCCCCCCUUCAUGCGGUUACAACCUGAACGAGGCACACGCCCUGUCGCAUUAGUGUUGGUGAAGGCCCGUGCUGAGGACCGAGCCGCUCCGAACUGCAAAGGCUUCCUAGUCCUGACCAGCUGCGGCUUCUCACGGGAAACAAGAGCUGGACUCUGUCCUACACUCGAGACCUCUAAGGAGCUUAAAACCCUUUAUGGCGGGGGGGGGGGAAGUGCAAGCUGGUUCUGUUCCACCUUCCUUUUGUGGCUGCUCUUCGCAGCCCUCCUCCUGAGACUUCCUCUGUCCCACGCAGAAGGUGCUACUUCCUCUGGCAGGCCGGGCACGACCCAGAGAGCCUCAAACCCCUCACACAGUCUCCCAUCUUCCCCCAUAUGUAUAAAUGGGCCUGUAUUUAACA